GCUGCAAACAUGUCGUUUCUGCGUGGCUCGGUCAGCUAUGUGUGGUGCACCACCAGCGUGCUGGGCAAAGGCGCCACCGGCUCCGUUUUCCAGGGAGUGAACAAAAUUACGGGCGAGUCGGUGGCCGUGAAGACCUUCAAUCCGUACAGCCAUAUGCGGCCGGCGGAUGUCCAGAUGCGAGAAUUCGAGGCCCUCAAGAAGGUGAACCACGAGAACAUUGUCAAGCUGCUGGCCAUCGAAGAGGAUCAGGAGGGACGUGGCAAGGUGAUCGUCAUGGAGCUGUGCACCGGCGGCAGUCUGUUCAACAUUCUGGACGACCCGGAGAACUGCUACGGCCUGCCCGAGCACGAGUUUUUGCUGGUCCUGGAGCAUCUCUGUGCGGGCAUGAAACAUCUGCGUGACAACAAAUUGGUUCAUCGCGAUCUCAAGCCCGGCAACAUUAUGAAAUUCAUUUCGGAAGAUGGCCAAACCAUCUACAAACUGACGGACUUUGGUGCUGCCCGCGAACUGGAGGAUAAUCAGCCCUUUGCCUCGCUUUACGGCACCGAGGAGUACCUACAUCCCGAUCUCUACGAGCGUGCUGUUCUGCGCAAGUCCAUCCAGCGCUCGUUCACCGCCAACGUGGAUCUGUGGUCGAUUGGUGUGACCCUCUACCAUGUGGCCACUGGAAAUCUGCCCUUCCGUCCCUUUGGCGGUCGUAAGAAUCGCGAGACAAUGCAUCAAAUCACCACCAAGAAAGCCUCGGGUGUCAUUUCUGGCACACAGCUCUCGGAGAACGGACCCAUUGAGUGGUCCACAACCCUGCCGCCGCAUGCCCACCUGUCGCAGGGUCUCAAAACCCUGGUGACGCCCCUUCUGGCUGGCCUGCUGGAGGAGAAUCGCGAAAAGACUUGGUCCUUUGACAGAUUCUUUCAAGAGGUUACACUCAUCCUGCGGAAGCGGGUUAUUCAUGUUUUCUAUACGAACCGAACGAGUUCCGUGGAGGUAUUCCUGGAGCCUGAAGAGCAGAUUGACAACUUCCGGGAACGCAUCUUCCUGCAAACAGAGGUGCCCCUGGAGAAGCAGAUCCUGCUGUUCAAUAACGAGCAUUUGGAGAAGAAGGUCACCCCCCGCACGAUUGCUAAAGCAUUUCCCACCACAACCACAGAGCAGCCCAUAUUCCUCUACAGCAACGAUGAUAACAAUGUCCAGCUGCCACAGCAAUUGGAUUUGCCCAAGUUCCCAGUGUUCCCCCCAAAUGUAUCCGUGGAGAAUGAUGCCAGCCUGGCCAAGGCAGCCUGUAGCGUGGGCCAUGAGUGCAAGCGACGGGUGGACAUCUUCACCUCAAUGGAUAUACUCAUCAAGAAGGGUGUGGAGCAUUUUGUAGAGAUGCUCAUCACCACAAUUACCCUGCUACGGAAAAAAACCGAGAGCUUUGACAACCUCCUAUCCACUGUGAUUGAUUAUGCCGAUGUGGUCCAGAGCACGGCCAAGACAAAGGGAGAUCAGGAGCUGAAAAUCCUGCUGAAGACGUUGAAAAAUGUAAAGAACGAUUUUGAUGGAGCCGCUGAUGUCAUCUCACAAAUGCAUAAGCAUUUUGUCCAAGACGACGAGCUCAACGAUCAAUGGACCUCGUCGAUGCAUGGCAAGAAGUGUCCCUGCCGGACGAGGGCCAGCGCCCAGGCUAAAUAUCUUGUGGAGCGGCUGCGCGACUCCUGGCAGCAUUUACUCCGUGAUCGUGCCACGCGUACGCUCACGUACAACGACGAGCAGUUCCAUGCACUGGAGAAGAUCAAAGUAGAUCAUAAUGGCAAGCGGCUGAAGGCGUUGCUUUUGGAUAAUGUGAAUCCAGCGGUGGCCCAGAUAGCCGAGUGCCUGGCAGAUUGGUAUAAGCUGGCGCAGACGGUGUACCUGAAGACACAGAUCCUCGAGAAGGAUGUAAGGGAUUGCGAGCGGAAGCUAAAUGGCAUACGCGAUGAGCUGUAUCACAUCAAGACGGAACAGAAUCUGGAUGGGGACACAAAUACCAUGCACAACAAUAUACAGCUGCUCAAGAUGAAGGAGCGGAACACGCUACGAGAGAUGCAGCAGCAUCAGCAGGAGGUGAUGGCUGUAAUGAGGAAAAACAGCGAACUAAUCACAUUUCUGAACAAAUUAGGUAUCGCAAAUGGCAGCCUGGAAACAAGUUAGCUCUAAGUAUUUAACAAAAACAAAAUACAUAAAUCAUAAGAUUACAUAACA